AUGUAUGACUGGUUGGAAAAAGAAGAGAGAAAUAGCAUGGUUUACAUGUUCUGCAAACUUUGCCGUAAAUGCAAAAAGAAGAAUCCAUUUGGAAGCGACGGCUGCACAUCUUACAAAACCACUUCUCUACAAAGGCAUAACAAUUCCCAUGAACAUAUGCAAGCUGUUGAAGCAGAAAACUGCCGGAAAGACAUGAAAGUAGCCACAACAAGUGUUAAGAAAAAAAAUGAGUCCUUCAUAAUAAGUUGUUUAAAGUCAGCUCUAUUUUUAGCUGUUAAUGAAUUACCAAACUCCCUUUUCGGUAAUUUACAGCAAUUUGUAAAAAUUCAAGGCUGUGAAAACUAUGCUGGAAAACAAAGUGCGAAGUAUGAACACGGAAAUAUCAUCAACGAACUUCACUAUUCUAUAGCAGAAGUAAUUGAAAAGCGUAUGCUGGCAGAUGUAGAUGAUGUAAAAGUGUGUGCCAUCAUUUGUGAUGAAACAUGUGAUUUGGCUAAGAUGAAGCACCUUGGUGUUAAUAUUAGAUAUGUCAAAGAUGGAUCUGUUGUUGUAAAGUUUUUGGAUAAUGUCCAUAUAUCAGAUGGAACAGCACUUACUUUAAUGUCUUCUAUACUAGAUAUGUUGAAGAAUAAGAAUAUAAAUAUAAAAAAAAUUGUUGCUUUAGGUUCAGAUGGAGCUAAUGUCAUGGUGGGGAAGAAAUCAGGCUUAGCUACAAGGUUGACAGAAUUAAAUCAUUGUUUAAUUUCUGUCCACUGUAGUGCCCACCGAUUAGCUCUUGUACUUCAAAAUGCUGUAAAUGAUAUUCAAAGUAUCAAGUCAUAUAAUGAUAGCCUUAAGGCAAUAUUUAUGUAUUUUAAUGCAUCAGCAGUGCGAUCAGCAAAACUGAUGAUAGUACAAAAAUUGGUUCAAGAGACUGCUCUAAAGUAUCCCAAACUACAUUCUGUUCGAUGGCUCUCUCUCCAUAGAGGUGUACAAGUUAUUUACAAAACAUUAGAUUCUCUCAUUCUUUUCUUAGAAUCCCAAGUAGCUGAAGGUAAAGACUGCACAUCCCCUGGAUUAUUGCGAGCCAUAAGGCACAUAAGGUUUAUAUAUGUAACUCAUAUACUCAAUGACAUUUUACUUAUAUUAACAAAACUUACAAAAUUAUUUCAGUAUGACACUGCAGAUUUAUCUUUAAUUAAACCCUCGGUAGAUACUGCUGUAACCAGAUUAACACUCCUCAAAAAUAAUCCUGGGGAUGUGGAGAAGUAUUUUAUUCAAAAUUUAAUCAAGGAUCAUAAUCCUGAUAGAAGUAUUGCAAUUAAUGCAGAAAAUGAUGACAUCUUUACCAAUUCAGGAGAAAAUAGUGAAGAAUCAGGUGUUACUAUUAGUACUGACGAUGAUUUGCCAAUUCUUAAUGGCCAAAGAAGGAUCUCAUAUUAUUCAGUUUUAAAAGAGAAAAUGAUACCAGCUUCCUCAUUAGAAAGCCUCACUAAGCUAAAGGUUUCUUUAAUUAAUUCUGUUCUGGAUGGUCUUAAAAAUAGAUUUCCAGAAAAUGCCUCAAGAACAAUUUCAGAUUUUCAAGCUUUUGAUCCAUUGUACUUACAAACUCUCAGCUUUUCUGAAGCAAAGGAAAAGGUUAAAUCAUUAGCGAAGCAUUUUUCAAAUUAUGUGAAUGCAGAAAAAUUAUUGAAAGAGUUUUAUAAAGUUGAAAAAAUGGCAUAA